UAGGGAAGCUUUUUUUUUUUCCCCCCCCCCUUUAACCAAAUGUGGUUUAUUCUAUGUUGAAUGCAGCUGAACUGAAACUUGUGUAAAGAAUCAGAACAUGCAGCUACUUGAACAACGGUCAUUAAUUUCACAUGUUGGCCAGAAAGUUUAAUAAAUGGAGAUUGCUUGUUCCUUUCUAGACCUAAACCUUUCUUUACUGCACGAAUUGGCAGAGGCUUAUUUUAAGUAUGCUAACUUGUCUCUUUUUUUCAUGGCUUACAAACUGACUCGCAUACAGCAAAAAUAUGCUUUGGAUCCAGGGGAGGGGGAAGGAAUGUAUGUCUUCUGUAGCAUGUGAAGGCAAACACUAAUUUCAUGUAAAAUGAUGAAAGGGAAAAGAAAACUGUUUUCCUCUAACUUUAUCAUGACCAUCUGGGCUAGGUUUGAAAAAGUCUUGCAACUGUUUUGUAAUUGAUUGCUCUGUUGAAUACAGUUUAAAUCUUCUCUCUUUCUCCUUUCAUCAGAAAAAUGAGUGGUGGGUUGGCACCAAGCAAAAGCACAGUGUAUGUGUCCAAUUUACCCUUUGCUUUGACAAACAACGAUCUGUACAGGAUCUUUUCGAAGUAUGGGAAAGUUGUCAAAGUUACUAUUAUGAAAGACAAAGACACCAGGAAGAGCAAAGGAGUUGCCUUUAUUUUGUUUUUGGAUAAAGAAUCUGCACAAAACUGUUCUCGGGCACUUAAUAACAAACAGUUGUUUGGAAGAGUAAUAAAAGCAAGUAUUGCCAUUGAUAAUGGAAGAGCAGCAGAAUUCAUUCGCAGGCGUAACUACUUUGAUAAGUCUAAGUGUUACGAAUGUGGGGAAGCAGGACAUUUAAGUUACGCUUGUCCAAAAAAUAUGCUAGGAGAGCGUGAGCCACCAAAAAAAAAAGAAAAGAAGAAGAGAAAGAAAACAGUUGAGCCAGAAGAAAUUGAGGAGGAAGAAGAAAGUGAAGAGGAAGGAGAAGACCCUGCUCUAGAUAGCCUCAGCCAAGCCAUAGCUUUUCAGCAAGCCAAAAUUGAAGAGGAACAACAAAGAUGGACGCAGACUGCAGGGGAAUCUUCCAUUUCAGAUGAUUCAAAACGUCCACGGAUUAAGAAAAGUGCUUAUUUCAGUGAUGAGGAAGAACUUAGUGAUUGAAAUAAUACUGUUUUAUAUGCAUCUGUAAUGUAUAUAUAGUGUACAUUUUGUAAAGUGCUACAGAGUUAUCUGUAAUAGAGGUCUGUCUUGGUGUUGAAAACACUGAAAAUCAUGUUAUAGUUCUACACUGCCCCCUGAACCUUCCAUCUUUUGAUCUCUGUCUCUCAAAACUUCACCUUUUGAGGCAGCUUCUUAAGAAAAUGAUGUGUUUCUACACUUAAUUCCAGAAAAUAUCUGAGAGAAUGCUUCUUGCAGUUAGUAUCUAGACCCAAACCCUGGAAGUGAAUCUUUCAUAAGAGAAUUUCCCACAAUUUUUUUUUUCUUAAGAGGGGUUCCUCUUAGGAUCACUGUUAGCACCAGUGACACUUUAUAUGUUAGUCUGUUUAUUGCCUGUUUGGAAGCAGUGCUUUAGUAGUACUUUAGUAGUAUAUGAAUCUUGCACUAGUUUCUCUGCAUAGGCUUGAAUUUCAGCCUUAAGCAUUGUACUAGUCUUUUAACUCUUCUAACUCUUCAUGCAGUAAUGUAAUAAAUUACUGUCACAUCA